UUUGCACCGAACGCUGCUGGCAUUGCUGAGGGAGAACAUUGUCAUAACGGCUUGUGGGGUGAACUCUUGGGCCUUCGAGAAAGAUCUACAAGAGGUAAAGAGCCAGCAUCCUGUUUCCAAAACCACCUCCUGUGGACAAAUCUAACAUGUCACUUCAAACACGCUGCCAAGCAUUUCGUUGUAUCCGGAGAGUAGCUUCGGGAAGUGGCUGAAUUUCUAUUUUGCUAAAAGCAUUCCUUGACGUCAAAAACACCCGUACCAAACACGUGCUCCUGCGAUGCUCAUUAACGGAAAGUAUUAAAAUUGUUUCUUUUUUUAUACAAAGCCCCCAAAAUUCAUUUGAUUUCAGCACUUCUGACAAGUCAAUCGUUUUUUCGUUGCCUGCCUAAAUUUGCUAGCCUUUGUCAAAAGUCAUGGGUGCUGUGGAGGCAACUGUAGAGAACUCUACCGACAUGGCGGAUCUGUUGGCGUCGCUGGUGCUGCCUGCUGGCGUGGGCAGCCUGAUGAACUUCAGCGAAGAAGAGGCUGGAUAUGUACAGUCUGACUAUGGAGACUUCGCCGCCGUCCACUCGUCCUACAAGCAGUCCACAGUCGUCAUGGUCAUCUACAUCCUGAUGUACGCCGCCAUCUUUGUCCUUUGCGUGUGCGGGAACACCAGCGUGCUCUACAUGAUCCUCAGGACGCCCAAAGCUAGAGGUGUCGUCACCAACUUCUUCAUCAUGAACCUGGCGACUGGAGACCUUGUGCUGGGACUCGUCAACCUCCCUUUUACACUCGUCACCUACAUAUAUGUUGAGGACAUGUUCGGAGACGCCCUGUGUAAGCUGGUUCCCUUCCUGAGAGGAAUCCUCGUCUGUACCUCCAUCUUCACGGUCACCGCCAUUGCCUUCGAGCGAUACUACCUGGUUGUCUACCCGACGGAGGAGAAGAUCUCCAUCAGGACGGCCACCCGUGCCAUCAUGUCCAUCUGGGUCGUGGCUGUGUUCAUCAACAUGCCUAUAGCCAUGGUGCACCGCAGCGAAGUGUACGGCGGUCAGCACAUCUGUGCCCAGUACUGGCCGGCCGACACGCUACGCCGCGUCUACACCUGCUUCAAGCUCAUCACCUGCUACGCCUUACCCCUCAUCGCCAACGCCCUGCUCAACUACGUCAUCGUCAUGAACAUCUGGAUCCGCCCGCCAGUCAAGAGCAGGAACCCGUCGCCCAACAGACUGCGGGCGGUGAAGAUCCUGGCAGCCACUACCGUCAUCUUCGGGCUGUCCUGGCUGCCGCUCCACGUCUGCGCGCUGUUGGAAGACUUCGGCUUCCUGUCGUGGAGCCAGCGUGAGAGCAUGCACCACUACGUCUACCCCGUGGCGAUGUGGAUGGCGCUGGCCAACACCUGCGUCAACCCCGUGGUGUACGGCGCUCUGAACAACAACCUGCGGGAGUCCUACCGUAACGCCACCAACCCCGGCCACACGCCGCUGCUGCUCGCCGCCUCCCGCACACCCAGGCCCACACACACGCCAAGGAUCAACGAACACGUCCAUAUCGAGCUGAAAGAACUCCGGUAAAUCUACAAAGCAAGAACUGAUCAUUUAGACAUUGCUAUAGGGACAGCAUGGGCAGGGUUUUGGGCAUUACACCGAUGUGUGCUGCCGUAGCGAAGUGAUCGGCCACCCUUUUGACAAAAUUGCUACACAAAGUUCGCA